AUGCGGAGCCUCCGAGCCCAGUGUUUGUGCCUAACCAAAAUACCUACAAGUGUUCUGAAAAUCGAGUUGAAUAUUUAUUUAUAUUGGCGAUUGCCUAGAUUUUCUUUAAUUCUAUUGGAUUCGCGAGCCGCGUUGUCCACCAGCAGCUGCAGCAAGUGCUGGGUAGCACGGGCAUCGAGGGACGCGCCCAACGAACGCCGGAAGAUCGACGGAUCCCCACAGUGUCUACGGGAGCACCCCCUGGCAGCCGUGCUUGGAGUCACGCGGUCGCCCACCGUGUCCACAGGAGCACCCUCCGGCAGCCGUGCUUGCAGUCACGCGGUCGCCCACCGCGUCCACGGAAUCACUCUCAGUAUUCAACCAAGCACCAGCAGUUUCCCAUCGCGAUCUAAGGGCUAGAGAUCCCACAGCGUUCAUCUAAUCUUAGCGGA